AUGGCGGAUCUGUUCAUCAAACAAUCAAAGCAAUAUGCGAAGGCUCGGCCAGAUUACCCAGAAGAGAUCUUUGAUUACAUUGCCUCCAAGACCAAUUGCCACGACCUCGCAUGGGACGUCGGCACCGGUAACGGCCAGGCUGCCGGAUCCCUAGCUGGGAUCUACAAGAAUGUCAUAGCCACAGAUACAAGCCAAAAACAACUUGAGCUUGCAAUCAAGCUGCCCAACAUUCGCUAUGAGCAUACCCCUGCAGUUUUGUCUAUAGCUGAGAUUGAACAAAAAUUGGCACCAAAAUCAAGCAUAGAUUUGGUGAUCGUUGCUCAGGCUCUGCAUUGGUUUGACCUCCCUACUUUCUACCAAGGCGUGAAUUGGGUGCUGAAAAAACCCAAUGGUGUCAUUGCUGCAUGGUGCUAUACAGUUCCUCGGGUCAACAAUGUCGUAGACACCGUCUUUGAUCGAUUCUAUACCGUUGAUGUCGACCCUUAUUGGGAUCCACAGCGUAAAUUGGUGGACAACAAGUAUAGAAGCAUCGAUUUUCCGUUUGCGCCAGUGGAUGGAGAAGAUAACACAGGACCCUUUGAGUUUAUGACAGAGAGGUUGAUGGACUUGGAUGGCUUUUUUACAUACAUAAGGUCAUGGUCUGCAUAUCAGACAGCAAAGGAGAAGGGUGUUGAGCUUUUGAGUGAUGAUGUGAUUGCGGCAUUUAGGGAAGCUUGGAAUGAUGGUGGAGAUGGCAAUAAGGCUGUGAAGUUUCCUGUCAAUUUGAGGAUUGGAAGAGUGGGGAAUUAA